UAGUCUGCGGGAGCUAUGAACUCCAACCUGCCCGCUCAGAACGCCAGCGCCAGCGCGAACUCCAGCGCCUUCGUCCACGCCUUCCUGAAGAACCUCUUCCUCGUCUUCCUGGGGUUCUGCAUUAACUACGUCAACGGAACCCUGGUGCUGACCUUCUUCCGGAGCGCGGCGCUGGGCGAGGAGCCGCGCUACAUCCUGUACGUGCACAUGGUGGUGACGGACAUGAUCCAGCUGAGCGUCGCCGUGGCGCUGCACGUGGUCUCCUACGCGCUGCCCGGCAUCAGCGUGGCGCUGUGCUGCUGCCUCCUGCUGGUGGCCAGCUUCACCACCAUGACCACGCCCCUCAACCUGGCGGGCAUGGCGGCGGAGCGCUACGUGGCGGUGUGCGACCCGCUGCGGCACGCCCAGGUGUGCACGCCGCGCCGCACCUACGCGCUGAUCGCGCUGGUCUGGGGCGCGGGCGUGGUCCCGGGGCUGGCCGACCUGGCGCUGGUCCUGCGGUACCGGCCGCUGGCCUUCUUCCGCUCCACGGUCAUGUGCUACCACAAGAGCGCCUUCCUGUCGCCCGCGCAGGAGCUGAAGAACGGCGUGGCGCACUCGCUCUACAUGCUGUUCGUCUGGCUGACGCUGAUCUACACCUACCUGCGCGUGCUGCUCGCUGCCCGGGCCGCCAGCGCCGACCCGCUCUCCGCCAGGAAGGCCCGGAACACCAUCCUGCUGCACGGCGCCCAGCUCCUGCUCUGCAUGCUCUCCUACGUCACCCCCAGGGUGGACGCCUUCAUCGCCGCCUACCACCCCCACCUCAUCUCCCACGUCCUCUUCCUCACCUUCCUCAUCUCCUACGUGCUACCCAGAAUCCUCAGCCCGCUCAUAUACGGCAUGAGGGACGAGAAGUUCUGGAAGUACACCAGACAAUACUGGCCGUGCGUACGCCAUCGAAAGAAAAAAGUACGUCCCUAGGGUAUCUAUGAAAAUAAAAUGGUCAAACACACAUUCCAGAGUCUCUGCCCCCGUCUGCUAAUAAGUAAAUGAUAUUUAUUUGUCAGGCAAAUGUGAAUAAGCUAAAGUUAUGGGCAGAGCCUGAGACCCUGAGACUGAAGCAGAUGCUUUUUCAGUGAGCAGAAAAGAGACAAAAGUAAACAGUAAACAGUAAAAAAUAAAUAAAAAUAAAUAAAUCCCUCCAUCUGUUCCUCUACACAUCCUGGACUAAGAAGAGCAAAAGUCAUUAAGUAUUAUUUCUUUAGCUGUUUGUAGAGACCCGCUGUAAAAGAAAAUGGCUGACAAAAAAGAUAAAUAUGAACUCUUUUACAUGUUGCUGAUCCUCUCCCCUGACUCAACACACAAGGUAAAAACAUUAAAUUACUUCUCUCAAUAAAACUCAUUCCCAUGUUUUUUUGUUUGUUUUUUUUUUGGUCAGGAAAGUGCUUAAUUCACUUAAAUAGUGUGUUUUUUUGUUUCUUGAGAAGGGACCCUUGUUACAAUAUUUUUAAAUAUACAGAACUUCUAUUCUGUAACACAAUUAAACUACAAACAGCUG